AUGAGUAAUCCUAGCCACAUUCAUCUUGAAGCAGCCAAAAGAGUGCUAAGAGAAGCUGCAAAUUGUGGCUCAAACCUUCUGCUGAAGCAGAAUAUGCGGCAACAAGGCAAUUCGUCAAGCAAUGUGGAUGAAAAGAAUCAUGGAAAAUCAAUGAUUUACUUCAUUAAAGUCAUUUACUUUGUUUUUAGCGUAAAAGGAGUCUUUUUACCAGCUAACACUAAGACUGAGCCUCAUCCACCCAAGAAUGGAAUAUGGAACUUGGAAGUCUUCCUCUCAGUCAUUUUUGAAGCUGGUCCCCGUGUGAUCAGAGAGCUAGCAGUAUCACUAAGUUUUAAGAGCUUUUUCCAGCUCCAACUUCAAGAGCUUGCAUUUUUUUCUUUUGCUUUCAGCCACAGGGUGAAUAAGAGCAGGGAAUACCCCUGGGAAAUAUACACUCUCAAGAAGCUUCUGCACGCAACAAACAACUUCCACAACGAUAACAAGAUAGGAGAAGGCGGCUUUGGAAGGGUAUAUUGUGGUCGUACAAGUGAAGGCGUCGAGAUAGCAGUAAAACGACUCAAGGCGAUAAGUGUAAAGGUAGAGACUGAAUUCGCAGUGGAAGUGGAGAUACUUGGGAGGGUGAGGCACAAGAAUUUGCUAGGUUUGAGAGGGUUUUAUGUCGGCGGGGAUGAAAGAUUAAUAGUCUAUGAUUACAUGCCUAACCAUAGUUUGAUAACCCAUCUGCAUGGCCAACUUGCCGCCGAUUGCUUACUCGAUUGGCCACGUAGACUGAGAAUAGCCAUCGGUUCAGCCGAAGGUCUAGCGUACUUGCAUCAUGAGGUCAAACCUCACAUAAUACACAGAGACAUAAAGGCCAGCAAUGUUCUUUUAGAUACAAACUUUGAAGCAAAAGUUGCUGAUUUUGGAUUUGCGAAGCUUAUACCAGAUGGUGUUACUCAUAUGACAACUAGGGUCAAGGGAACUCUCGGAUAUUUGGCGCCUGAAUAUGCAAUGUGGGGAAAAGUUUCCAAGAGUUGUGAUGUUUAUAGCUUUGGCAUUUUACUUCUAGAGAUCGUAAGUGCGAAAAAACCAUUGGAGAAACUCCCUGGUGGGGUGAAGCGUGACAUAGUGCAAUGGGUCACCCCAUUUGUGCAAAAGGGUGCAUAUGAUCAUAUUGCAGAUCCGAGGUUGAAGGGGAAGUUCGAUCGUGCUCAGCUUAAAUCUGCAGUGGCGAUUGCAUUGAGAUGCACCGACAGCAAUCCGGAUAAUCGACCUAGCAUGUUAGAAGUAGUGGAGUGGCUUAAGGGUGGUGUCAGGAGAAGAAGAAAAUCGGUGACUAAAAUUGAAGACAUGGUUGAAAAAGAAGAUGGAGAUAAUGAUGAAACUUUUUAUGAUUUUGAAGGGUUUAGAAUGGCACAAUCUGAUUUAAGGAGAAAAAGGGCACGUUCAAAAAAGAUUUGA